AUAAUUCAACCAUACAGAUUAAAAAGAAACCAUUGGGUGUAUUAAAUAAAUGGGGACAUACAAAGCUGUUGCAUUGAGCACCAACUCAUUUGAGAAAGAAGAGCUAAAUUUAGGAGAAAGGUCUCCAAAUAUAGCUUCAAGGGUAUGACCACAAAUUGAGUCAUUUCACAAGAGAUGUUGCUGUUGUAUAAAUAAAAACAAAGCCAUUGCUGAGUUUUUGUUUUGUCAAAAUUGAAAGGGUGUAAGUUCUGAGAUCAAAUGGCCUCUCCAUUCUCAGUCUCCGUCCUCACUCUUGUGUUGCUGAUUGGUGUUACUUCUGCAUGUAACCUUGAGAAGCUUGCAUCAAUUCAGUUUGGAUACUCUGGUGCUAAGGGACCUGAUUCCUGGGGAAGUUUGAAUCCACAUUUUGCAGCCUGUGCAUCUGGGAAGCACCAGUCUCCUGUCAACAUUUUGAAGAAUGAAACAGUCACUAAUGGUAAUCUGAAGCCCUUGACCAGGGCUUACAAGUCUGCUAAUGCAACCCUGGUCAACAAUGGCUUCAACAUUGGGAUACGCUAUGAUCAAAAUGUGGGAGUGUUGUUGGUAGAUGGUAAAAAUUACACCUUGAAGCAAAUGCAUUGGCAUUGUCCUUCUGAGCACCGGAUUAAUGGAGAACAAUUCGCUGCUGAACUUCAUAUGGUCCACCUGGACAACGAUGGCAACUUUGCAGUUGUUGGAAUCCUCUACUCCUAUGGUAAUGCAGAUCCAUUUAUCUCUAAGUUAAAGGCUGCUUUGGAUAAACUGGCAAAGGAGCGGUGUGGAAGUGAUGAAGAGGCACACGUUGCGCUCGGUACCAUCAACAUUAACCACAUUAGGAAAAACAGUCGCAAGUACUACAGAUACAUGGGUUCUCUCACAACUCCCCCAUGCAGUGAGAAAGUCGUCUGGAACAUCCUUGGCAAGGUGAGAACAAUCUCAAAGGAGCAGGUGGAGGCACUUACAGUUCCAUUGGACUCAGUUUGCAAGAAGAAUGCAAGGCCUCCACAGCAACUGAAUGGGAGGAUGGUUGAGCUAUAUGAUGAAAUGGGCGACGACUAAGGUAAAUAGCCCACUAAACUGAGUCAAUCAAUUCACCAUCAGUUUGUAUUAUUCCACAAAACUGAAUUAAUCAAUUUUCAGUCGCUGGGUCCACUAGAGAUGAGUGUGGACAUACUCAUUUGGCUGAUUGUUGGAUUUCUCCCGCAA